CGGAAGCGGAAGCGGCUCUGUUCGCCGCCUCUCCCACCGGCCCGAUGAGCUGCAGCGGCUCCGGCGCGGACCCCGAGGCGGCGCCCGCCUCCGCCGCCUCGGCCCCGGGCCCGGCACCCCCGGUCUCGGCUCCCACCGUGCUGCCCGUUAGCACCGCUGCGGAGAACAAGGCCAGCCCCGCGGGGACAGCAGGAGGACCUGGGACUGGAGCCGCGACUGCGGGCACGGGACUCGUGGCGGCACGGGCCGGGGAGCCGGCAGAGCGGCGCGGGGCAGCUCCGGUGUCGGCGGGUGGCGCGGCGCCUCCCGAGGGGGCGAUGUCUAACGGGGUUUACGUCCUGCCGAGCGCGGCCAACGGAGAGGUGAAGCCCGUGGUGUCCAGCACGCCUCUAGUGGACUUCUUGAUGCAGCUGGAGGAUUACACGCCUACGAUCCCAGAUGCAGUUACUGGUUACUACCUGAACCGUGCUGGCUUUGAAGCCUCAGACCCACGAAUAAUUCGGCUCAUCUCCCUAGCUGCCCAAAAAUUCAUCUCAGAUAUUGCCAACGAUGCCCUACAGCACUGCAAAAUGAAGGGCACAGCCUCUGGCAGCUCACGAAGCAAAAGCAAGGACCGCAAGUACACUCUAACCAUGGAGGACUUGACCCCUGCCCUCAGCGAGUAUGGCAUCAAUGUGAAGAAGCCGCACUACUUCACCUGAGCCGCCUUACCCAGAUGUACUUGUCUGUCCCCACAUCCCCACACCAGCCUGUUUUCAUAAUAAACUUUAUUGUGACAGGCGGGGCUGAUCCCUCCCAUGCUGGGA